AUGUCAAUUUUUCAAAUUAAAGAACUAUGGUCCACUAAUGUCGGAAGUAAGGAGGAAUUUGACAAGAAUUCCAUUUGUAUUGGAAACGUUGAUAAUUCCGACAGUCGAGAAAACAAAAUUAUAGUGGGAAGUUUUGAGGGAAUUUUGCGCGUUUACAAGCCAUAAGCAGAUAGCUUUAGCAUUAGCGAUAUGUUGCUUGAGAAAAAUAUGGGAUCUGGGAUCCUUUAGGUUGAUGUUGGGAGAUUUAGUUUUACUUGCGAUAUAUCCUUAGCUAUUUUACAUUCAAGGAAAUUAGUAGUGGGUCAAAUAACUUCAACAGAUACAUUUUCGAAUUUCAAGGUUCUUUAUGAACAUGCCUUUGAUAGAAAUGCUUACAAUUUUAUCAGUGGAGGCUUUGGUAAAAGUUAAAAGCAAGUUGUAUGCGUACAAUCAGUUGAUGGGGCGCUCUUUUUCUAUGAGCAUGAGAUGCUUUUAUUUUAGAUAUAAUUACCUGAUUUCUUAAUUCCAGGGCCAUUGCUCUAUGCUUAAAAUAUUGAUAGUCUCAUUAUAACCAAUACUAACUUAGAAUUAGAGUGUUAUAGAUUUUAGAGUCUCUAAGCAUAUACAAAUAAUAAUAUUGCUGCUUAGAAAGCUGCUCAGUAAAAUGAAUAGAAUAAAUCAAGACUUGAACCUGAUUGGAUAUGCAAUAUUGGUGAACAAGCGCAUCAUCUAGUCUAUCAUUACAAUAAAAUAUCGAAGAGGCACGAUGUCGUAGUUGUGGGGGAAUAGACGUAUUUUAUUCUUUAAGAAACUGACGGUAAAAUCAGAUAUCAAAGAAGACUUGAAUAUACUCCAUCUUGCAUUAAAACAUAUCAUCUUCCUGGCAAUAAUAAGGAUAUUUAUGAAAAUGACGAUAGAAAUGGUGCAGCUAUAGCUGCUUAAGCAGUUUAAAAUCAGCAUGAUUCGCCAUGCUUCAGUAUUAUAAUGGGAUCAUUUUCACAUUACUUAAUGGUUUAUAAAGAUGUUUAGUUAGUUUGGACAGCUAAAACUUAAACAGCACCAAUUUAUGUAAAUGUUGCAAAGAUUGGCAAUAUGGAGGGGCUGAUAAUAACUUUAUCUGAUAAUGGAUGGUUACAAGUUGUCUACUUAGGCACAGAUACUCCCACUUAAAAUGUUUAGAUUUCUGAUCCAGCUUAAGAGAUGAAUUACUAGCAAAUGGAAUAUGAACAUUAAAAAAUACUAGCAAGAAUUCGUAAUCAAGAAGAUGAGAAAUAAGUUGAGCCUGAAGAAAAAAUUACUAUUACUCCUUAGCUGUCUUCCUUCAUUGAAGCAACAGGAGAAUAUAUCGAUGAUCCAAAAAAUUAGCUCACAAGGAAUGAAUAAGGAAGAAUAAUUAGAAUGAGCAUGAAGCUUUAAUUGUAAUUGCCUCCAAAUGUUUUCGCUGAAACAACUAAUUUCAAAUUUGAAAGCAUUAAUUUCUCUGGCCGUCAAACUCCUCCAGUGAUCAAGGUUCAUAUCUAUCCAUUGAAAAAUUGCUUUCCAACUGAGACGAAAGUGACAUUGACAGCUACUUAUCAAUAAGUAAGCUAAAAUUAAGAAGGAUCUGGUCAGCUUAGAACUUCAAUAUCCGAAAUUUAAAUGCCUUUGUCUUUCUUUGUAACGAUAGGUCUACCAGGGGCUGCAAAAGAGCCUACAGACUUCAAGAUAAACCUUAUUUUGAAUAAAUAAACUUCCUCUGCUGUCUCGUUGUUUGAAGAUGUCAUAGAAAGUCUUUAAGCAAGAGAAAUGUGUACAAAUAAGAAGUAAAUAUCAUUCAUCUAUCACAACUAAGUUCCUGUGUCUUUAUUGGUUUCAAAAGAUGAUCUUAAAAUUAGACUUUAAAGCCCCGAUUUUUCUUCGCUUUGGUUCAUUUUAAAUGAAUUAAUUAGAAGACUUAACGAUUUGCUUAAUGGAGAUGGAGAACUUGAAAUUACAUUUUCUGAUGCAAUUCCCCUAAAUGAAUUAUUCCAAGUAAUUGAUGAACAUUCCGGUUAUAGAUAAGAAAUAGCAAAGCUAAAGAAAGUGUUGGAGGACAGAAGUUAUUAAUUUAGAAUUAUUCAAAAGAGACUAUUGAAUAGAUUUAAGGACAAGAACCCUUCUCCUUUGAACAAUCUUGAUUUCUUGCUUAAUCAUACCUAUGUUUAAAUUAUUGAUACUGGCUCCUAGAUAGAUCAACUGCAUCAAUAAUAAAAGUAGUCUUCCCUUAAAUUAUCCGCUGCAAUUGAGAUAAUCCUAGUCCUAUUGAAAAUAAGAUUUAAGAUGAACGAGGAUGAAUAUCAUAUUUUGAGAAUGCAUUUAUCGCCAUAUGUAGACGAUGAAAGUGAGUAAGGAUGGGAAGAUGUUACAAAUGCAGCAAUGACCAACUUGCUUAAAACCUGCUUAGCAAAAGGUGGUAAGGGUAAUAGCAAUAUUUCUCAGACUACUAACUAAAUUAAAACUCUGCAAGAUGCUAGCAAACUAAGACAGCACAUCACUUUGGUGUGUGAUAGGAUUUCAAAAGGUGGAAAGAUUGAGUACUGA